AUUCCAUUUGGAGGCAUUCCUGCUUUCUACAAACAUUUUCGCACCUCAGCUUUACCAUCAAGAGCACUACAGCUGAGGUAUCUCAUUGUACCAUGUGGCGGCAGCGAAAUCGAUGCAAAAAUACUCCGGCAACGCCGAGUUAUCGGCAACGUUUCAGGCAUAUAUCGGCCCACCUACAUUCGGCUUUCUGAAGUCCAGGAAGGACAGCGGUACAUAGUGCGAUUCACUCCCAGCAGUGAAGACGAGACGAUACGUGCCAACAAAGUGGGAAUGGCCGUGACUACAACCGGCAUCUUCCAACACCUACCAGAACUACCAGAGAAUAUAACAGUCUUCGAAGUACAAAACCGGUGCUCCUUGGCCACCAUUGCAUGGUACAGUUCGCCAGACAAUCGAACAGAGAGGUACUGCAUAAUUGUGUUCAAUUUACCGCAUCGUAAUCGUAGUUCCAUCGAUUACACGAACUACUGCCUUGAUUUUGGAAGGCGCGUAGUGCAGCAUCCACUCUUUGACUCCAUCAAAUGCAUUGAGCGUUCGAAAAGUGCAACUCUUGAAACGCAUACAAUUUUUAAUCUGACGCCAGGUGAAACAUAUCUCAUUUACGUCACUGCCAAUCUGAGCGAGGGGAGGUCACUGCCAUACCAAUCUCUGCGGAUUACCAUGAGUCAUCAAUGCAGUAAUCAUCUUAUUGAGUCGCGAGAACAAACUGCAUAUUAUUAAACGUUUUUUCAACGGAGUGUUUGGAAAGUAAAAUGGAUUUCAGGAGUAUGGUUGAAUGACAGCAGCAUAACCUGUGCCUCAUCUGAACAUCUUCUGACUUAUUUGUUCAUUGGACUCGCUGUUUAAUUGAUUUCAUCGAAAUACUAUUCAAAAUUACCAUUUUGCAUAUACGUACAUAUAUCUAAGUAGUUGAUAACUACUUGUACUAUAAAUGAGUAUAAUUACAUAUAUAUUUACAUAUGUACAUACAUUUGCAUAGUUAUACAUAUACACAAUGCAAUUGCCAGUUCCACAAUUUAAGCGCUGAAAGACUUAAGCUUAUGCCUUUGACAUGUGUCUACUUUAGUUAAGAAUACGUAGUCGAAAACCAAAUGCAUUGCCUAGUUAUAGGAGC